UCCCCUAGAUUUAUUCCGUUUUCUGCGCAAAACAAAAAUACAAACAAAAUCCAUGUUUUCCUUAUCCAGUCGAAUAAUUUUAUGAGGUUUUUUUCCAACAUUCCUCUUCUUGACAAGCUCAAAAAUUUUGUUGCCAUGGAAGUGGAAGUUAAGCUCCGAUUGAAGAACUCCACUGCGCAUCAAAAGCUCUCUCACCUUCUCUCACCUUUCCACAAGAGAACCCUUUUCCAGGAAAACGUUUUCUUUGAUGAUAAACACUCAAAACUCUCUUCAAACUUAGCUGUUCUUCGUCUCCGUUUCUACAACUUAAAUUAUCACUGUGUCCUCUCCCUCAAAGCCAAACCCGUCAUGUCAAAUGGAAUUAGCCGCAUCCAGGAGCUUGAAGAGCCCCUUCCUGUGACUACAGCCACUGAAUGUUUAUCAAAACCGAAUCUUUUAUCCAAAAUCGAUUCAAAGAUCAUGGCUUUGGUUAAAAAUGAAUAUGGGGUUGGUGAAGAUGGUGAGUUUAUUUGUUUAGGUGGGUUUAAAAAUGUGAGGGGUAUUUAUGAAUGGAAAGGUUUGAAGUUGGAAUUGGAUGAGACAAUUUAUGGGUUUGGAACAUGUUAUGAGAUAGAGUGUGAGAGUUUGGAGCCUGAGAGAGAUAAGAAAUUGAUUGAGGGGUUUUUGGAGGAGAAUGGGAUUGAGUAUGAGUACUCUCAGGCUUCAAAGUUCGCGAUUUUUCGAUCUGGGAAGUUGCCUGAUUGAGUGGAGAAUUUGGCUGAAGAUUAGUUUCUAUAAUUCUGAGGGCAAACUAACGACUGUCUGGUUCUUCACUUGUUUGACCAAAAGGUAGAAGAACCUGAGCCAUCUAUGUUCUGGUUAGGCCCUGCAGACACGGCCUCAGGAAUUGAUGCAUAAAAGUUUAAACAUUAUAAGCCUGGAAACUUGCUCUGUUUGUGGUAUAAGAAUUUCUCCUAUGCUGGCAUGAUAUAAGAUGCAGUUAUAAAGAAACUAAAAUUUUUCUUUCUUGUUCCUUAUUCCUUAGUUGCCAGAAACAAGUUCUGAUCUCUUUUGUAGUUAUGAACACUAACACUAUUCUAUGAUAUUUUGCGACUCUUGUUUGUUAACUAUACAAU